AUGUUUUCGUAUUUCAAGUCCGUUAUGGGGUCCACGAUGCCGUCCCCCUCGAAGAGCGCGAACUUCAGGGACACGUGUCCCGGAUUGUCCCUGUACGCGAAGGUACGCGUUUAUCAUGAAUGGCGAGCCGGAGGUGCAGUGGAAGUCGAGGAGGCGGCGGAGGACCGGCUCCAGAUCGUCUCGGAAUUUCCCGGACGACGGCGGGUAGGAGGCGUCGAGGAUCCCCAAAUUGUGCGCUGUCGUGACGGACACGCGCCGGGUAGUGAGGGCGGUGUGGAUGUUCUCCACGGCGGCGAGGAGGUCGUCGGGGGAGGCGGCAGGGGCGGCGGUGCCGUUGGCGGUGAGGACCUCGUUGCCGACGUUGAUGGAGGCGAGGGCGGCGGAGGGGUCCCGCAUGGAGGCGAGGUGCUCGUUGCCGAGGCCGACGGUGACCUCGACGCCGGUGCCAGCGAAGGCGCGGAGGACGCGGGGGUCGGCGUCGUAGAGGCGGAUGCGGGCGGCGUGGAUGGACUUGACGAGGCCGGCGACCUGCUCCGGCGGGGGGAGGUUGUCGGCGAUGCGGCCGUAGUUGAUGCAGAAGCCGCGGCCGGACGCCGCCGGGAAGUACAAUGCGGCUGUCAAUUAAUGAUUGGAACCAAGAAAUUGAUUCAAACAUAUUACCUGAGAGCAGAAAAGGCAGAGGAAGAAGGAGGAGAGACGUCUUCUUCAUCCCAAGAAGAUUUGGAAUGUCUUGGGGCCAAGAGAAACCAUGAAGCGGCCCUAGCACUGACUUCACCUCACUUUUCCAAAACCCAGAUUUUGUGA